AUGCUUCGAUCUUACACUACUCGUGUCGGUUCUGGUCACUUCCCGACUGAAUUGACCGACGAGAUCGGUCAGCACCUCCAGAAUAUUGGACAGGAGUGGGGCGUCACUACAAAGCGCCGUCGUCGUGUUGGCUGGCUGGAUGCUGUAAUGGUGCGGUAUGCGCAUUGUAUCAACGGGUUUACUGCUGUCGCGCUCACUAAACUCGAUAUCCUAGAUGGUCUGAACGAGGUAUAUUCAUUCGACACUUCUAAAGUGUUCAUUCGAUUGUUUGAAAGCUUAAUUGCUAAUUUUUUAUGUCUUUUUAUCAUUACAUUCACGUGUUAUAUUGCAUUUAACUUGCCAACAAUGUCUCACCCACUAUCCAUCACCUUGUCUCUUGGUCUAUUCAGAAGGCAACAGGCCAGAGAAACUUAG